GGAGUGUCAAGCGACCCGCAGUGUUGGUUGUGACGGAGGUGAUGGUGCCAGCCUGUUCGUGCGUCAGGGGCACUGCUAGUAAGGCCAUGUGACUCCGCCACUGUCGUCAGCCGCCGACCUCAACAGUGGUGGCAUACUGUGAUAUUGUUUUAGUGAAGAGUGACCUUAACCCAUGAUGGAACAAUGGUGGACAGCAAGUGUACGCGGGGAGUGAAUAGUGACAAGUGUGGGCUGGAUGGACGGCCCCGGGACCAAGGUGAUAAGUGCCACUGACAGUGCCAGUGCCUCAGGUGAGAAUGACUUAGCUAGCGGUGCCACGCGGUGCUCCUCGCGACAACAGCUCGUCCUGUCCCAACAACUGCGAUGAGGGUGGCGGCAUAAGAGACCGAGCAGAGGUGUGCAGCAGAGGUGUGCAGCUUAUAGUUGAGAGGCGCGUAGCAGCUGGUGCAGCAGAAAUAGUGACGCGGGGCACAGCGGGUAGCGGCGAGAAGUAGGAGGCCGCAGGAGCGAGGGGACCAUAGGGAAGCGCUGCCCACUAUGAUGCCUGAGCUAAGAUCGUGCCGCUACGAAACGCGUUACUCGGGCAGCCUUUCUCCAGAAGCUCGUCCACACUCAGUAUCCCCGAGUUACCCCAGCCACGCCCACAGGCACGCCCACAUCCACUAUUCGCCUUCGCACGAGGUACGCCCGUCAUCAGCAGACCUGGCGGAACCUUUCCUCACUAGCUCUCAGCAGCACGGACACGGACACGGACACAACAGCGACAGUAACUACGACGUCAAAUCUGAAGAUGACUUCCUCGACGAGGACGAUGCCCAUGUCCCACACGUCCUGGCACCACACACACACGUCACAGGGCACGCACACCCCCGCACGUGCUUGCUGUGGGCAUGCAAAGCGUGCAAAAGGAAAAGUGUCACUGUGGACAGACGGAAAGCAGCCACCAUGCGGGAACGACGACGGCUGAGGAAGGUGAACGAGGCCUUCGAAAUCCUGAAGCGACGGACGUGCAGUAACCCCAACCAGCGGAUGCCAAAGGUGGAGAUUCUGAGGAACGCCAUCGAGUACAUAGAGUCCCUGGAGGACCUGUUGCACGGGACGCCCUCCCCGGGGGCCAGCGACCCCGACCACCCCGCCGACACCCCGUGCACCGCCUCCCACUACCUGGGUUCGGGAGGGUCCGGAUAUUACCAGGAGCGAGGUGGUCACUACGGCGACUCAGGCACCAGUUACACGCCCCUUGGAGGUCAAGAGCAGCAUGGAUCGGGAGGAGGUGGAGGGGGUGCUGCAGGAGCCUCGUCCACCUCGAGUCUGGACUGUCUCUCUCUCAUCGUGGAGUCCAUCAGUCCAGCCAACACCGGCAUCAUCAACACAGUGGCUGACAAGAACACCUCCUAGUACCAUGUCGCAACACACCAGCAUCGAGUACACCCAGAUCACACACGACAAGAUGAAUCACAUAACAGAGGCUGAAUCACUAGUAAUUUUCUCCAUGUGUUUGAAAAGACCCUCAGCAAACUUUUUAUCGUGAUUCAUUUGAAUUUAUGUUCGAACUUGAAACUGACCAAAGUUCAUGAAAGAGUGAGUAAAGCCUUCUAGAAGACUGAUAAUGUGAUGUGACUUUAACUAGAGAAGUGAUCGCUGUGUGGCAUGUGAAAGAUGUUUCUAUGUUGGUGAGACAGAGACAAUUAUGCAACCAGAAGUCUGCCGUCACCGUUUAUGAUUUUGUGACCACGACUUCAAAAUACCUAUAUGGGGACUCAGUACUUAAUGUCUUUUAUUACUAUUAUAUACCGAAGGUUGUGUUGGCAACUAAGAUUCGUACUUCAGGACAGCACCAGCACGGACAAACUACCGCGCAAGGCGUUUCCCUCCAACCCACAAUGACACGCUUAUGGAAGCUACACCUUCUGCUUACAAUGACGCUAUUUUAGUGUACGAGUUAGUUCUGCUGGGUGAGAUGAUGAGAUAGAAGCUGUUGUGUGAGGGGCGCCGCCUGGGGCCUGUGCAGGGGGCCGCCCUAACAAUUGUAUAUGUCCGUUUCCCAGUCAUAGAAAUGUGAUGUACUUUUUCUAUUAUAGUUUUAGAUUUGUACAUUAUACAACCGCUCUUAUACCCCACAAGUUUUUUUAUAGUUCAAAUGUAUAGAUUAUCAAAGAAGAAAAGAUUCUAUGGUGAUAAUCAGUGACUGAAGAGGACACAUUUCUUUGAGAAACUACAUGUUGUUUACACUUCUGUGCCACAAUUUGCAUGAAUCCAAAAUGAAUGUUGUAACUGUUAUGUUAUAGAUGAUGCUUACUCACUUUUCUCAAAGAAAAGAAUUACAAUGGUAACUUACUGUACGUUAUCACUGUAAAUAUCAAUGCAUUUGUUUGCAUUUCCUGUCUCUGCCAGUCUAUAUUUUUUUCUUUAGUGAAGUAAUGGACAGGUGUAGCUGUCAGAGGCGAGUGUUAACAGGAUCACUGAAGUAUAUUUUUGUUGUCAUUAUGUGUUUGUCAGACCAUAAAUAAUGCCAAAGAAAUGAGAGCAUCGACAUUUGUCUGUUGACUGGGAGGACACGAGGACCUGGAGCUGGUCGGGGCCGGACACGAGGACCUGGAGCUGGGCGGGGCCGGACACGAGGACCUGGAGCUGGGCGGGGCAGGACACGAGGACCUGGAGCUGGGCGGGGCAGGACACGAGGACCUGGAGCUGGGCGGGA